UACAGAUGAUGAUGAUGAGCCGAGCUGCAGCAGCAGCAGUAAUCCUAAUAAUCACCACCACGACCGGAGCGUGCGUCCACGCGCAGAACUCCCGGCAGGACUUUCUCGACGGCCACAACGCCGCCCGGUCGGAGGUUGGGGUCGGCCCCAUGACAUGGGACGACACCGUCGCCGCCUUCGCCGAGAACUACGUCGGCGGGAGGCUCGGCGACUGCCAACUUGUGCACAGCCAGCAGCAGUACGGCGAGAACCUCGCCGCCGGCGGCGGCGAGGGGUUCGACUUCACCGGGAAGGACGCUGUGGGACUGUGGGUGGACGAGAAGAAAAACUACGAUCACGUGAGCAACACGUGCGCAGAGGGUCAGGUGUGCGGGCACUACACGCAGGUUGUGUGGAGGGACUCGGUCAGGCUCGGGUGUGCCCGGGCGCAGUGCGCCAACGGUCAGUGGUUCGUCUCCUGCAACUACGAUCCUCCGGGCAACGUCCAAGGCCAAAGCCCCUACUGA